CAGCCCCGCACACCCAUGGCGGUGGAGGAGAAGGGGGCCAGCCGGCGGCAGGAAUUCAGCCUCGGGCUGGGGGCUGUCAGCGAGGAGGAUUUCUCCUCUAUGAAAAAGAACUGGGGACCCUGCCACCCCACCCUUUUCGCUGUGCUUCUUAAAGGGAUCACAUCGGUUUUCCUUUGACUCCAUGGAAGCCAGGUUUGGGACACUCCGUGGAGACUUUGAGCCUUUCCCUCCUGCUGCCUUCCCAGCUGGCAGCCUUCCUCUGGCUGAGUGAGAGGGGGCCUCCCAGGCAUGGCACUGACCAGCCUACCCAGUGCUUACUUAGCUCCUGGGUUCCUUCGGCCUUGGGUGGCAUCUGGCUUACCCCCUCCUGGGGCGCGGCGGUGGUGAGUCCAGGGGCCCAGCCCUGAGCUGCUUGGAGAGAGUCGCUGGCACCCCCCAUCGGCCUCUCCCCCCAAGCUGGAGGACGGUGAGGUGGUCAGGGCUACGAUGAGAUGAGUGGGGGCCGCUUUGACUUUGAUGAUGGCGGGGCGUACUGCGGGGGCUGGGAGGGGGGUAAGGCCCACGGGCACGGACUGUGCACGGGCCCCAAGGGCCAGGGCGAAUACUCGGGCUCCUGGAACUUUGGCUUUGAAGUGGCGGGCGUCUACACCUGGCCCAGCGGAAACACCUUCGAGGGAUACUGGAGUCAGGGCAAACGGCACGGGCUGGGCAUAGAGACCAAGGGACGCUGGCUCUACAAGGGCGAGUGGACGCACGGCUUCAAGGGACGCUACGGAACCCGGCAGAGCAGCAGCAGCGGUGCCAAGUACGAGGGCACCUGGAAUAACGGCCUGCAGGACGGCUAUGGCACCGAAACCUAUGCAGAUGGAGGGACGUACCAAGGCCAGUUCACCAACGGCAUGCGCCACGGCUACGGCGUGCGCCAGAGCGUGCCCUACGGGAUGGCCGUGGUGGUGCGCUCGCCGCUGCGCACGUCGCUCUCGUCCCUGCGCAGCGAGCACAGCAACGGCACGGUGGCCCCGGACUCGCCCUCGUCGCCGGCCGCCGACGGCCCGACGCCGCCCGCGCCCGCCAUCCCGCGCGGCGGCUUCGCGCUCAGCCUCCUGGCCAACGCCGAGGCGGCGGCUCGGGCGGCCAAGGGCGGCGGCCUGUUCCAGCGGGGCGCGCUGCUGGGGAAGCUGCGCCGCGCCGAGUCGCGGACGUCCCUGGGCAGCCAGCGCAGCCGCGUCAGCUUCCUCAAGAGCGACCUCAGCUCGGGCGCCAGCGACGCCGCGUCCACCGCCAGCCUGGGGGAGGGCGCCGACGAGGCGGCGCCCUUCGAGGCCGACAUCGACGCCACCACCACCGAGACCUACAUGGGCGAGUGGAAGAACGACAAGCGCUCGGGCUUCGGCGUGAGCGAGCGUUCCAGCGGCCUCCGCUACGAGGGCGAGUGGCUGGACAACCUGCGCCACGGCUACGGCUGCACCACGCUGCCCGACGGCCACCGCGAGGAGGGCAAGUACCGCCACAACGUGCUGGUCAAGGGCACCAAGCGCCGCGUGCUGCCGCUCAAGAGCAGCAAGGUCCGCCAGAAGGUGGAGCACGGCGUGGAGGGCGCCCAGCGCGCCGCCGCCAUAGCGCGCCAGAAGGCCGAGAUCGCCGCCUCCAGGACAAGCCACGCCAAGGCCAAAGCUGAGGCAGCAGAACAGGCUGCCCUGGCUGCCAACCAGGAGUCCAACAUUGCCCGCACUUUGGCCAGGGAGUUGGCUCCGGACUUCUACCAGCCAGGUCCAGAGUAUCAGAAGCGCCGGCUGCUCCAGGAGAUCCUGGAGAACUCGGAGAGCCUGCUGGAUUCCCCCGACAGGACCCCUGGCGCCGCGGGCCUCCCGGAGCGGCCCCGCGAGAGCCCGGAGCUGCACGAGCGCGAGACUCCUGGCCCCGAGGGUGGCCCCCCGUCGCCGGCCGGGACGCCCCCGCAGCCCAAGCGGCCUCGCCCGGCCACGGAGUCCAAGGACGGCCUGCUGAGCCCGGGCGCCUGGAACGGCGAGCCCGGCGGCGAGGGCAGCCGGCCGGUCACGCCGUCCGAGGCCGCGGGCCGCCGCAGCCCGGCGCGCCCCGCCAGCGAGCACAUGGCCAUCGAGGCGCUGCAGGCGCCGCCCGCGAUGUCGCGGGAGCCCGAGGUGGCGCUGUACCAGGGCUACCACAGCUACGCCGUGCGCACCGCGCCGCCCGCGCCGCCGCCCUUCGAGGACGAGCCCGAGCCCGAGAGCCCCGCGGCCGACUCCGCGCCCGCAUCCCCGGCCGCCGCCCCCGGGACGGCGUCCCCGCCCCGGGGCCCCGAGCCCGCGCCCGAGAGCCCCGCCAAGCUGGAGCCCAAGCCCAUCGUACCCAAGGCGGAGCCCAAGGCCAAAGCCCGCAAGACAGAGGCCCGAGGGCUGACCAAGGCCGGGGCCAAGAAGAAGGCUCGGAAGGAGGCAGCGCUCGCAGCGGCGGCCGAGGUGGAGGUGGAGGAGGUCCCCAACACUGUCCUCAUCUGCAUGGUGAUACUGCUUAACAUCGGCCUGGCCAUCCUCUUCGUUCACCUCUUGACCUGACUUCGGCCACCAGAGCCAGGAGUUCCUGCUGAGGACGCAUGGACCCAUCUUUUUGCAGUGCCAGGCAGGGUGGCCGAGGAGGACUGGACUCUGGACCUGGGUGCCGGGGGUCCAGCUGGCAUCCCCACCACAGACGUUUAAGGAGGCGUCCCAUGGCACUCAUGCCUGAUGGCACGUGGUACCCAGAGGAGCAGAAUGUGCUGGGCGCCCUCCGGAAACUCUGCGCAGCGGCAGGGAAAGCCCUGGAGGCAGAGCCCUAGGCUCUUGGACUCCCUGAUCUACUCUGUCUCUCAUCCUCAUCCACUCCCUCCUCACCCCUAGGUCACCCCUCCCUGGGCUUUUAUGUGUUUCAAGAGAAGUCACCAAGCCCGGAUAUUAAUAUUAAACCCCAGCCCCUUCUUUCUACCCUCCCUUGCUUUAUUUUAACCUCUGGCUGCUGGGCUGAGGCCUCCCAGGCAAGCAGAGGGAGUGGGGAGAUCCCUGGAGCAGGAGGGCAGCGAAGGAGACGCGCUCAGACAGCGCACGGACUCUUUCUGUCGCAGUCCGGACCUGCCCACACUCUGUCUCUUGCUUACAGGUAUUCUGGAUGACAGUAGAGGAAAUGGACAUGUUCAGUUUGAAUAUCCCAGGAUACAGUGCUCCUGUCUCCUCCCACCGGUCCAGGCGGCUUCCCUUCUGGACCAAUAGAAGAGGGGGAGAUGUGAGGAACUGGGGCCUUAGGCUGGGAAGCCACUGACCAGGUGGCCAGGGGGGAGGGGUGGGAAGAAGGGCUAAGGGCAGUUAGGGUGGCCCUGUUUCUGAGUGUGCCUGAGCCUGAGGCUGGCGUUGCACGUGGGGCUUCCAGGAUGCCGAGGGUGAGAAGGGGUCCUGCAGGAGCCCUGGGGCCGGUGAGAUGAAGCUCCCAGAAUGCCCUGUGAACUGGUCUGUUCGCUUCCCGUCCCAGGAGCCACUGGAGGCUUAGGGGAGCAUAGCACGGAAGCCCAGACAGAUGUCACUAGGGCGGACUCUCAGGCAGGUGCUGAAGACAGGCUGUCAGUCAACAGGCAUGUCCCAGGGAGGGAGGAGCAAGUCCAGGGCUCCCACUGGGCACAGUCUGUGUGAUAAGCCCCUCGGCUUGCUUGGCAGAGAUGGUAUUUGCAUGUAGCCCAUUACAGAUGUUUGGUACCACACUGGUUCUCCGUGUCCCGGUGCUUGCUGGGGGUGGGUGGAGGCUGAGGACUGUGCCUCUGUCCCUGGGAGGAUGGAGGGAGGGUCUUCCAGGCCCCUCGGAGCCUGGGAAGGACAAGGUGAUGGCAUCCAAGCAGAGCUGGAAGGAGCAGCUGCCCUCCCACCUUUGUUUCUUUGCUCUUUGGGGGCUGGGGGAUUGUGACUUGUCCUCCUGAGGACAGCUGUUUGACCUGAAGUUUGCUUCUGAUGGGGCCAGCUUUCCCUUCCUCCCUUAAUACUUUGGAACCUUCCCUCUGGCUUCACACUUGCUGUUUCAAGCACCACUGGGGCCUUGAGGUUGGAACCUUGGACUGCGUUUCUGCAGAGAGGAGCCCGUGGGUUUUCCCAUCAUCCAGGGGCUCGCUGUCUGUGUGGGGGCUUUUCAGGACUCCUAGGGAAUUGGGGGGUGGGGGUGGGCUGGGGGCACUGCUCAGGGCUGACAGGCUCCAGGCCUCGGCUCUGAGGUCGUGGUUCAGGGAUUUUGGUCUGGCUCAGGCCUGGGGAUAAGCCUUUGGCUGCCAGAACUCCGGGACCUUGUUUGGGGGCUGGUGUUUGGGGUGAGGGUUCAGGAAGCUGCCAUCUGUGCAAAUAAUAAACCUACAUCUGCUCACA